CUCUUCCCGCUCUGGAGAGGCGCGACUGGGCUUGCGCAGUGUCGACGCCGGCGCCGGCGCGCCGGGGUUUGAAAGGCCCGAGCCUCGCGCGCUUGCGCACUUCAGCCCGCGCAGGGCGCACCCCACCCCCUCCCACCUUCCCUGCCCCUCGGACCCCAUACCCUACCUCAUCCUUCUGGCCAGGCGAAGCCCACAACGUUGACAUGCCGGAGAUCCGCCUCCGCCAUGUCGUGUCCUGCAGCAGCCAGGACUCGACCCACUGUGCAGAAAAUCUUCUCAAGGCAGACACUUACCGAAAAUGGCGGGCAGCCAAGGCAGGCGAGAAGACCAUCUCUGUGGUCCUACAGUUGGAGAAGGAGGAGCAGAUACACAGUGUGGACAUCGGGAAUGAUGGCUCAGCUUUCGUGGAGGUGCUGGUGGGCAGUUCAGCUGGAGGCGCUGGGGAGCAAGACUAUGAGGUCCUUCUGGUCACCUCAUCUUUCAUGUCCCCUUCCGAGAGCCGCAGUGGCUCAAACCCCAACCGCGUUCGCAUGUUUGGGCCUGACAAACUGGUCCGGGCAGCCGCCGAGAAGCGCUGGGACCGGGUCAAAAUUGUUUGCAGCCAGCCCUACAGCAAGGACUCCCCCUUUGGCUUGAGUUUUGUACGGUUUCAUAGCCCCCCAGACAAAGAUGAGGCAGAGGCCCCGUCCCAGAAGGUGACAGUGACCAAGCUUGGCCAGUUCCGUGUGAAGGAGGAGGAUGAGAGCACCAACUCUCUAAGGCCGGGGGCUCUCUUCUUCAGCCGGAUCAACAAGACAUCCCCAGUCACAGCCAGCGACCCGGCAGGACCCAGCUACGCAGCUGCUACCCUCCAGGCUUCUAGUGCUGCCUCCUCAGCCUCUCCAGUCUCCAGGGCCGUAGGCAGCACCUCUAAGCCUCAGGAGUCUCCCAAAGGGAAGAGGAAGUUGGAUUUGAACCAAGAAGAAAAGAAGACCCCUAGCAAACCACCAGCCCAGCUGUCGCCAUCUGUUCCCAAGAGACCUAAAUUGCCAGCUCCCACUCGUACCCCAGCCACAGCCCCAGUCCCUGCCCCAGCACAGGGGGCAGUGACAGGCAAACCCCGAGGAGAAGGCACCGAGCCCAGACGACCCCGAGCUGGCCCAGAGGAGCUGGGGAAGAUCCUUCAGGGUGUGGUAGUGGUGCUGAGUGGCUUCCAGAACCCCUUCCGCUCCGAGCUGCGAGAUAAGGCCCUAGAGCUUGGGGCCAAGUAUCGGCCAGACUGGACCCAGGACAGCACGCACCUCAUCUGUGCCUUUGCCAACACCCCCAAGUACAGCCAGGUCCUAGGCCUGGGAGGCCGCAUCGUGCGUAAGGAGUGGGUGCUGGACUGUCACCGCAUGCGUCGGCGGCUGCCCUCCCGGAGGUACCUCAUGGCAGGGCCAGGUUCCAGCAGUGAGGAGGAUGAGGCCUCUCACAGCGGCGGCAGCGGAGAUGAAGCCCCCAAGCUUCCUCAAAAGCGCCCCCAGACCAAAACCAAGCCCACUCAGGCAGCUGGACCCAGCUCACCCCAGAAGCCCCCAACCCCUGAAGAGACCAAAGCAGCCUCACCAGUGCUCCAGGAAGAUAUAGACAUUGAGGGGGAACAGUCAGAAGGACAGGACAACGGGGCGGAAGAUUCUGGGGACACAGAGGAUGAGCUGAGGAGGGUGGCUGAGCAGAAGGAACACAGACCGCCCCCUGGCCAGGAGGAGAACGGGGAAGACCCGUAUGCAGGCUCCACGGAUGAGAACACAGACGACGAGGAACACCAGGAGCCUCCUGAUCUGCCAGUCCCUGAGCUCCCAGAUUUCUUCCAGGGCAAGCACUUCUUCCUUUACGGGGAGUUCCCUGGGGACGAGCGGCGGAAACUCAUCCGAUAUGUCACAGCCUUCAAUGGGGAGCUUGAGGACUAUAUGAGCGACCGGGUUCAGUUUGUGAUCACGGCGCAGGAAUGGGAUCCCAGCUUUGAGGAGGCCCUGAUGGACAACCCCUCCCUGGCAUUUGUUCGUCCCCGAUGGAUCUACAGUUGUAACGAGAAGCAGAAGUUACUUCCUCACCAGCUCUAUGGGGUGGUGCCGUAGGCCUGAAGUAUGUGCUACACACACACACACAUACACACACACACACACACACACACACACACAGAAGAUGCAUUUAAUAAAGUUGAGUUGGUUUGGAGCAGCUGCCUAUUCUCACCCAGGAGUCUCCCAAAACUCUAAGAGGCUCCCUGGGACCUGGGGAAGAAUGCUGGGCACCUUCAUCAGAGAUCUGGUAGAGAAGGAACUCUUUGUCUCUUCUGCUUGGCCCCUUAUCCCUGUGUUGGCAAGAGGCAGGGAACUGGGAAUCUGACCCUCAGCACUGCCCCUCAACUUGUUCUGGCCCUCUGAGCCACACCUGUGUCUUGGCUGUCCCUUUGUGGCUGGAGGCCUGGGUACCCAUGAGGCCUGUCUCUCUUCUGAAGCCUCAGUGUCCCCAGGCCAGGGAUAGUGCCUUUCCUCCAGGGUUUCCAGAAGUAGCUGUAUAAUGAAUGUCACCACUGUAGUUUCACAUCACCUAAUUUAGGAGGUAGAAUGGGAGGAAGGGACAUUUUAACCCACCCAAACCCUGGACCCCCUUCAAGGCUCCACAACAUUUAAGUGGGAAUUGAGCUGCUUGUGAGAGAAUCGGGGCAGAGGAUGGGAUGGUGCUCUAGGCAGAGGCCACAGCAUGGGUCAGGAGGUGGGAAGCAGCCUGAGGCUGCUGCCGGAGAGCAUUGCUGCCUUUGGUGAAGAGGCUUUGGGGGCAGAUUUAGAAAGCCAGGUACAGUCCUUGCAGCUCUGCUGUUCAGUGUGAUCACCACUGGGUGCAGGUGGCUAUUUAAAUUAAUUAAAAUGAAAUGAAAUGAAAUGUAAACUUCA